AUGGCGCUACGUGACCUGCUCCGAGUCCACAAGGAGAUCGAAGAUGUCAACGCCGAUUUCCAUUCUCUCCGAACUGUUUUAAGAAAUACACGAAACAAAUCUAAAUGGAAUUUUGUCAUGUUCCCCAAUGACGGCGCACUUUCGCAUCUCCCUCUGAUCGGCGAACUUAUCAUCCCCGAAGAUUACCCGGACUGCCCUCCUGUACUUCACCUUUUCACUCGUACUCUGCGAUACAAUGUUGAUGUCUAUCGAUCCCACCUCACCAACGACAACCACAGCACGAUGUGCUUUGACAUUCUAUCGAGUAAAUCCAGGGGAGGUACCUGGGAAAAUGAUUACACAAUAUCCUGUCUGUUUGCAAGUCUGAUGCAAGCUUUGGUGACACAGCGAGUGCCCCAGACUUAUGGCCCCGAUAAGCCAGAGUUCGUUACUAUGGAUAAGCUCAAUGAAAUAAAAAAGACCGUACAUGACACUUAUCGGUCGUACAAAAAUCGUUUCCCUCAUCUUCCUACUAUACCCAUGAUUCACGCUGUCUCAGUCGCAGCCAUGCCAUUCAUUUUCACACGACUCGACAAUGAAACUCCACUUGAUUCCCUCCAUUUCCAAGCCGAUGACAAGUAUGUCAGCCAACCAAUCUAUCUUCAAGAUCUCCAAAAUGAACAGUCCUGGUCAACAGCCCUAGACCUACGAAACCUGCAUCCAGGUGUUGUCUUCUCCGUGAUACUUUCGAACAAGCGGGGAGUCGACGUUGUUGGUAAGAAAAACGAUACCAUAUUGAUUCGAAAUGGUGUGACUGGAACUGCGGCAAAAAAGCGAGCAAACGAACCAAUCUCCUGGUUCUACCACGGAAAGCCAUUGAACGACCAGAAUCUCUCCGUCUGCGUGACUGUGACUAGCGACCAGUUUGUGAUCUCCUACAAGGAUGACGAUACCAAUACCUUCAUCGUUCACGGAGAUACUCCUAUAUCAAAACUUGGAAAAGCACAAAUUGGGGAUGUGGCAGGUAUGCCAUUUUACCUGACCAUUUUGUUAAAACGCAAGACCGGGGCGGAAGGGUUUAUCAAUGUCCUCGAUCAAAAGCAAGUUGGAUUCAUUCAUGCCAACCAAAUUGGGACACCAAUGACAAUCCGCAGCAAAUAUCCAGCCUCAGUGAGCCUGACCUUGGACAAUGAGCAAACAGCUCGUCUACAAGGUGUCAUUGAUUUCUAUGGGCUGGGGCUGGACUUCCAGGUCCAAAAAAAUGUCUUGUCCCCGGCAAAACAUACGCUCAUUUCUUCGACCGAAUUUCCCAAGGAAAGAUAUAUGAACGCGAUCGAUGAAAUGUAUACCCCACUACGUGACAAGGUGGUAGAGAUGAAUGUAACAGCUAUCAUAGCGGAUAAAGACUGCGUUGCUCUUUUGACAGAUACCCACCGAUGCCUGGAGGAUCAGGCGGAACUACCAUCUUUACCGGAGAGAAGACUUUCCACUUUGAUAAUGCGAUUACGGAAUAAUACUGUGAUGCCGAAUUGUGUCGAUGAAUUGCUAGGACGAGUGUCUGAGGACCCUCAAAAGGACUGGAUUCAUGUUGGAGACGUUCAUAUUAAACUGCCUCAACCGAUCAAGGUGGUAUGUCGGUUAAAAUUUGAGUUUUGA